CGUCGCAGAAUGAUGACGUAAACGGAAAGCGCGGGCGGGAAGUGCAGCGCAUGCGCAGCAGCUGAAACUGAGGCUGAGGGGCGCCGAGCUGAGCCCCAUGGCCGUCCCUGUGAGCGUCCUCCGCCUCCCACGUGGCCCCGAUGGUUCGGGACGAGGUUUCAGCUCCACAACUCCAAACCGUCGUGGGGAAGCCCCAGAGGUGACAGAAGUGACAAAAGCCACGCAGGCCACGCGGGCAGCACUGCGCCGCCGCUUCCUGCUCAGCCUGGCGGCAGCAAGGGGACAAACAGCGACAUUUGUCCUCUGUCAGCACGGCCGGGUCAGCGCCGUGCUGGGGGCCGUCUGGGUCCCUGAUGGCACCGAGGUCGGCGGGAACGAUGGCAGCGCGGCCGCGGCCUUCCAGGUGGACGCCCUGCAGACACCUCUGGGGGUGCAGAGGGCUGCGCUGCUGAGGGGACGGGAUGUGGUGGCAUUUGGGUUUCAGAUGGCUGAAAAAUGAGGGGAAAGCGAUGGGGAAAUUGAUGGAGAAAUGGAGGGAAAUAAAUGGAGAAAGGAGGGGAAAUAAAUGGAGUGGUAGUAGGGGAAUGGUGGGGAGGGGGGGAGAGGAAAUGGGGGAAGGACACUGAAAGGGCACUGGGGAGCUCUGAACAAUGACAGCCCUCAGCGUCACUCCUUGAUGUCACCCUCCAGCAUUCCCCAAUGGAACCACAGUGUUACUCCAGUUUGCCCCUCCCCCCAGCAGCACCUCGAUGGAGUCACCCAGCAUCAUUCCUUCAUGUUCUGAAGGGUGAGGAGGGCCUGUAGAAAAAGAGUAAGAGUGAGAAAAGGGCCUCACAGGGAAUAAGGAUGGGGGGGGUAGUUAGAGAUAGUUUAUAGAAGCAAGAAUGUAGAGCUGGUUAGAAAAAUAAAGGACGGCAGACACUGGGUCUGGGAUAGCGAGGGGGAUGAGGCCAUAAAGAUCCAGGUUUGAGAACAGCACAGAGACAUCUGGCAGGGAAGUGAUGAGAUGCACACAGGGCAACAAGAAAACGGUUUGGGGGGCUGCCCCCCAAAAAGAUCAGAAGUUAACGGCAAGGAAGAUGAGGAUUCUUCAUCCUACGACCUCCAGGAGGAGACCACCACAACUCUGCACACGCAAUGGGGGAGGGUCUGCAUGCUGAUGGCUCCUCGGAAAUCUGAUGAUCCGUAACCAAACUGCUGGGAGCUCCUCGUGCCGUGCUGGCUCACAGCCUGCGUCUGCAGCAGGCUUUUUGCUGACUGCAGGUUGGGCGGGCGGUGCGUCCUGCGCCCAGCUUGACACAGCGCUGAAUAAACCAGACUGCUUUGUGAUUGUAUAAUCAAAGAAUAUUAAGAUGUUACAAUUAUGAAAUAAACAAGAGAGUUAGGCAAAGCAGAUGAUAAUAACAGAGAAUAGAUAAGGACACUUAGCCUUACCCUGGGCUCGCUUAGGAAACUCCAGCGGAGUGGAUCUCCAGAAGAGAUCCUUCCCCACUGGCAGUCAGCUCUUACGUGGCUCUAGGAGAGGCACAGCCAGGCUCCAGCCCUUCCAGCAGGGCAGCUAUAUUGCAUUCACUGUGCUCCCAGGGCUGACUCAGCGCUCGCCUCAGGUGAGCAAUCAGGUUUGGGCUGUGACUCAGCAGUUCCCUUACAGGAGGGAUCUGCAGGAAGAGAUUGUCACAGUUAUCCCUGGAUCUGAGUCCGUGACAGGGGCACAAACCCAGGAGACAAAAGAGAGGGAAGAAAAGAUCCUACAUAUUAACAGUGCAGCCAGCCCCACGGCUAAUGAGACAAGGCACGUGGUGGGCCAUGUGCUCUGGGGAGGGUGAGAGCAGGGAGAUAGGUCUAAUGAAUAAAACAGCAGCGAUCUGAGGAGGAGCGGUGGUUUACUAAAUCCAACCAAAUCAAACAAAAUGAGACAGAAACAGAGCAUCAAAUACGAGUUCUUACAAAGGAGAAGCAGGUACCUUUUUCUCUGCCUUGGUCCAGCCAGGAAUUCCACCUUCCCUCCUCUGUACUCCAGGAAUGCUGCUCCUCCCCUCCCAUCCGAGAACCUAAAACACCCAUAAAGGCAGACCAAGGACCAGAACACGAACUCUAACUCACUUUAUAUGAUAUUCUGAUGUGGAACACUGACAACAAAAAUCACAACACCACAGCAGAGAUCCUUCCCCAGUGGCAGCCAGCCCUUAAACGGGGUCUAGGAGAGCUGCAGCCAGGCUCUACCCUUCCAUUCACAGCUGAAUGCCUUCACCUGUGCUCCCACAACUGACUCAGUCCUUGCCUCAGGUGAUCAAUCAGUGGUUCAGGCCCUGACUCAACAGCUCCCAUUCGCAGGGCCAUGAAAUGACAGCUAAGUGUCACUGGGAGCUGUGGGUGUGCAAACAG